AUGGACACUACCAUUGCGGUUGUGUCGCAUGCCGCUGAUAUCUAUGCCCGUGCCGAAUCCGACAGCUCCAAGAGCGGACGACCCGCCUUGUACAAGGCAGUGGGGAUCUCCUUGGCUGUGGCUUCCGGUCUUUUUAUCGGCGUGUCAUUUGUGUUGAAGAAAAUCGGCUUGCUCAAGGCAAAUAUGAAAUACAACGAAGAGGCAGGUGAAGGGUACGGUUACCUUAAGAACUUCUGGUGGUGGAGCGGCAUGACCUUGAUGAUUGUUGGGGAGAUUUGCAAUUUCGUCGCCUACGCCUUUGUCGAUGCCAUCUUGGUAACGCCCUUGGGUGCGUUGUCCGUAGUCGUCACGACGAUUCUAUCCGCUAUCUUUCUCAAGGAACGCCUCAGCUUCGUCGGCAAGGUGGGCUGUUUUGGCUGUAUCCUUGGCUCUGUUGUUAUUGCUAUGAAUGCACCUGAACAAUCAUCCGUGAGCAAUAUCCAGGAAAUGCAGCACUAUGUCAUUGCGCCUGGCUUUCUGACAUACGGUGGUAUCAUCAUCGUCGGCGCUAUCUUCACUGCUCUAUGGGCGGGGCCUCGUUAUGGCAAAAAGAACAUGUUCGUUUACCUUAGCAUCUGCAGUAUGAUUGGUGGGUUGAGCGUUGUUGCAACUCAGGGUCUGGGAUCUGCUAUUCUCGCUCAGGCCAAUGGCGAGCAGCAGUUCAAUAAAUGGUUCCUUUACGUGCUGGCCGUCUUCGUGGUUGCUACACUUUUGACUGAAAUUAUCUAUCUUAAUAAAGCGUUGAAUAUAUUCAAUGCUGCCCUUGUUACACCUACUUAUUAUGUCAUGUUUACGACUGCCACCAUUGUUACAUCUGCCAUUUUGUUCCGAGGCUUUAAGGGGUCUGCUGUGCAAAUUGCAACGGUUGUCAUUGGAUUCCUGCAAAUUUGCGCAGGUGUAAUCCUCUUGCAGUUAUCCAAGUCUGCAAAGGAUGUUCCCGACGCGGCUGUUUUCAAGGGUGAUCUCGACCAGCUCCGGGAAGUGGCAGCGCAGGAAGAGCCCGAAACCGAGCCGAAGGCAGAUUCCAUUCGGGGUGCGGCGGCCAUUAUCAGACGGCUCUCGACGCCGCGGCGAAAUAUGGAGGUAGAAGAAGCGCGGAGGUAUUUCAGAGAAAGACAAGAAGACCUAUUGAAACCACCGGCAGAGAAUGAAAUCAUCGAGUGGGACGGCCUAAGAAGGCGAAAGACGGUUAUCGGUGAGGGCCCGACCAUGGCGCGGUCAACGACUCCACGUACGCCAUCAAUCAGAAAGUCUCUCCCGCCCUUGGGCAUGUCUCGUUUCCCCGAGGAGCAAGCCGAGCUGGAAAACGUCGAAGCCAGAACUCCCAUCCGGAAAAAUAGCCAUUCCUUCUUUGACGGAAUCCGCUCUCGCGCCUCUAGCGUCCUCUACCAUCGGCAGUGGAAUCCACUCCGUGACGAUGAUGAUACUCCCGUGAACUUGGGCAAUGUUUCUGUAGAUCCAAACAAGACGGUUGAUACAAGCUAUCACGGGCCACAGUUACAGUCGCCAUUUCAAGUAAGAAGGGAACGCAGCGACACCUCUCGAACGAUAUCUUGGGCGGACGAUGCUCGAUCCAUUGACAGGAACAGAAAUCUGUCUCCGGUGCCUCCGGCGGAUGGCGCGCGGCGUCAAUUUUCCUUCAAGUCGGUCUUCAACAGAACUAGAUCUGGUGAGCAUAAUGUUACGGGAACGGCAAGCCCCGUGAGCAGUCCACCCCGCGGCAUUCUCAAGCGUCCGCACAUCCCCAGCGGUAGCUUGGAGACUGUGACGGAAGAGGAGCGACUGGGCCUCUCAAAAGGUGACUCUCGGACUGGCGGUGGCGAUGACAAACUUGAGCGGAAAUGGUCGUCUUCUAGCGGGUCGAGUUCCGGCGAUGUAACCGAACUCCUGAAGGACCGGUAUACACACGCCCGACAGCAAUCUGUGUCUAGUUCAUCGAGCUCCGCACCACCUCCAUAUGAAGAAGAGCAGUACCAUAAUCUUUUCCCGAAUGCAGACAACGACUACAUCCAUCCGCCUUCGGGGUUUGUGACGACAGCACACCAAAAUGAAGAAGUUGAAGGAAGUUGGCAAUUGCCAGUCUCCCAACCCGGCGCAACCACCACUCGGACUGCUCCUCCUAUGAGUCCAGCUCUUAUUCAGCCACUACCUUCACGAUCGAACCCGCUUCCACCGUUACCCACAGAAAUCCCAGCAGUUGUUUCCACUGGGGAUGGUUCGUACGUGCGCGUGGGACUACACAGCCCAAGCCCGAGCAAUUCAGAUAUGGGAGUCAUGUCGAUAUCCUCGUCAUCAUCGACACCGAGCCGUCGAUCAGGCCUAGGCCGUCGAGAAAGCGGUUGGCGUCGCCAUGGCUCGGCUAGCAGCGGAGGUACCGAAGACGGGAGCAUGAGCAGCACGAGCGAUACCCGAGGACAUGAAGCUUUUGUUUGA